GCCCUUGAGCUUUUCGUGGCGACGAACAAAAGGAUCCAGCCGAGAUUCAAUCUGGUAGCGGAGCAGGUUCCGGAGGGUGAUCCCCGGGAUUUGACUCUCACGGUAACUCGCAGAUCCAGGACGAGAUUGCGUUUGUGUGACAGCUUAGUGCUGAUCAAAGGACCCGAGACCGCUUUGCUGAUCAGAAGAAGGACUCUAUCAAUGUCCCUUGCAGGAUUGAGGUAUCAGUCCGCGACCUUUGGCACGGCACCUCAAGAGACCAAGACCCGAAUUCGUGUGGAGUUCCUCAAGCAGAAGAUCAAGAAGAAGGUUUUGGAGCACAGGACCAAAUCUACGUCAACUUCACCUGAACGAGGACGUGCUGAGAGGAGUCCCGUCGUAGGACCAGGAGAUGGUGAUGACGCCCAGGCGACUGAUGCGCCUGGUGCACGAGGGGCUAGCGAUCCCGGAAGCCCUGAAGAUGGACAGACUGGACGUGAUGGACAGGGAGAUGGUGAGCAGGAGGAGGAGCGUUCUGACUAUGCUUCACCUCGUGUUGCACCUAGCUUCCCUGGCUCAGUUGAGGAUGAACAGCUUUCAGGGGAGAUCUAUUCCCGGAGGGCUGAGUUGGUGCAAAAGGUGUUGGAAGGCCUGGGAGGUGAUGCCUACCUUGCCGCUCAGGACCUUGGAGUUGAAACUUUGAUGAAGGAUGGUGGAAUUGAGACUUUGAUCGCAACUUUGAAGAAGAUGAUUUUCCCAUUAUUUUCCCUUUGCAAUCCUUGGAAAAGCCAAGGAGCUUUUCCGAGUAGGACAGAUGCAACAUGGCCCCUUGUCCCGCCAGACAGGGCAGUCUGUGACUUCCUUCAUUUCAAGACGACGCAGGUGGUGGCGCCAAGUGAAGGAGCUCGAUUCCAACAUGCUGAUUUCCGAUCAGAUAAGCGCCGAGCUUCUCAUAGAGAGUGCUGGUUUGACCAAGCAGGAGCAGCUCAUGAUCAGAACUGCUGCCAAGAACCAUAUACGUUUGAUGACUACGCAGCCAUCUUGCUUGAGCACCAUGGGAGAAUUCAUUUGAAGGAUUCCAGGUCCCUGGCGCCGCAGUACAAGUCCAGUACCAAUUACCCCCACAAGAAGGGACAAUCCAAAGGGUCGCAAAAGCCUUGGUAUGGAAGCAACCGCACAGCCCAUUGGUCAGAAGCCAUUGAGGAGACCUGGCAUGAGCCAGAGGAGUAUCACGGAGAAGAUGAGCACGACGAAAACUACGAUGAACAUGGGUAUUUGGCCCACAACGAUGAAUCAGAACAGCCCACUGAGUGGGACUACGUCGAAGAUGAUGACACCGCAGCUGCCUUGGUCGCCAUGGCCGAGUGUGACCACGAUGAGACACCAGCUGAAGAGCUGGAUGAUCUUGCAGAAGCUGCCCAACAGCUCUAUGUGGGUUACAUGGCCACUGGCACCCACAAGGGGAAGACCAAGGUUUCAAAGGCAGCCAAGCCUGGUGUAGGAUACAUGGCAAUCAGUGAUGAGGAGUCAUCUGCAGGUGAGUACGGUGUUUUGCAUGUGCGUUCACGUCAGGACUUGGACAAACGUGGAAGUAGCAAGUACACUGCACGUUUCUUUUGCAAGCAAUGUGGUACGUUUGUGGAUGAAAUGCCCCAAGCAGAAGCUAGGCUGCCCGAGAGGCAGACCCCGAGCACAUUGUCACCCAUGGAUGACCAGAUUGUUGGUCCUGCUUCGCGUGUGGUUGACAUUUGGAAUGAUGAUGGUGUUUGGGCAGUGUUGGAUGAAGGUUGGAGUUUGACCGCGGAAUCGCGGAUUUUGUGGAGCCCAACGCCUACAGGGUUCGCGCUGGCAGAUCGGCAGCAGCUUCAUUUGGCCUUUCCACAAGGUGAUGAUGUCAGUGUGACACAUGCCAAUGCAGCCGUGUCGUGGUCUCAGAUGUCUGGGAGUUGCAAGGGUGAAUGCCUGGAAUGCUGCAUCGCCAAGUGCCAAGAUGACGCCAAUCAAGGCACCAGUGCCCACCAGGACGGUGACCACGAGACAGGCACCACCAGAGUUCAAGCAGCCACCGCCUCCUCCGCCGCUGCGAGAGGAGCUUUGCCGGCAGCUUUUCCUUGGCUGGGCUAUGCUUCGUCGAGAGCUUCGAGUGUCAGUGCUAGCCGUCGGGAGGAAGAGCCACCCCCGACGAAUGAGCUGCUUGAGACCAUGAAGGCAACGCAGAAGCAGUUGGAUGAUCUGAAGAAGGAGAAGGAAGAGACGUCGCACAGACGUCGGCGACGUUCGCGCAGCCAUUCGCGCAUGGAAUCGGCGAGUUCAAGUUGGCAAGACACCUCUGUGGAGUUGCUGGACGAGCUGUACUUCGCCGAGAACAAGGGAUGGGGCUUCAAGGCAAAUCACGAGUCCAACAUCAAGAUCCUUUUUUUGGGAGAUGAUCCAGCGCCUCGUCAGUUCACCACUGAGCUGAUGAAGGGUGAAGUGCCAUGGACGGAAGCCCAGUCAAGGAUCAUGAUCUUUGCACCCGGCGAUGCGCUCACCGAGGAGGUCGACGAUGAUCUUGGUGAUGAAGCUGGCGAUGGAGGAGAUGGACAUCAGCCUGAUGAUCCCAAGGGUGAUGGCCCUGGUGAUGAAGAAGUGCCACCAGAAGAGCCAGAAGAUGAGAUCCAUGAUCCUCCAGACAGGGAACGCAACCGAGACUUCGACAAGCAGCUGACCGCACAACCACCUGGCCAAGAGAUCGUUUUGUCACCAACUUCGGAAGUUGAGGAUGACGAUGUGGUGGUGGAGCGUUGUGGCCCACCUGUGGUGGAAGCAAUGUACAGUGUCAAGUGUGGAGUCUCGUGCUGCACCAUGAACAAGGGUGAAAAACAAGCGUUUGUUGCAGGGUUGUCCAUCAUGAAUGAGCAAGACAGGGUUUUGACAGCGCUCGUGAGCCAGACCCCACUGGACUCACGCCACAUGAUUGUUUUGAAGGAUUGUCAUUUGCCGUGGAAAGCUCAUGAUGUAGUUGAGACCCUGGACAUCCAGGAGGAUUGGACAAAGACACGCAAGAAGUUGAUUGAAACAGUUUCCCAAAAGCCACCUGGGUUGAUUGUUGCAUAUGUUUCCAAAACCGACCGUUUGGAUUUGUUGGGAGAUCUUUGGAUUGAAUCAGACCUGUACAACUGUGGAGCUGUUGUGUUCUGCCCAUAUCAUGAGUUCCAUGAUAUCCACGACAUAUGCAUGUCCACCCGUGGUGAUUUGACCGUUUACCUGGCAGGCCCCACUGCAGCAGACCUUCAAGAGGAGAUCCUGACCUGGGAUCAGUGCCCAGGCAGUAUGACUGACCUGGAGGAAGCUGGAAACGUUGGAGUGUUGGAAGACUCACUUGACCCGUCAGCCCGUUUUCACCUGAACCAUGCAGCCUGCAUGGCAGCUCAGAAAGCAUUCGUGCACCUGGACCUGCGAAAUGCAGCUGUACAGGUUGGAUCAGCAGAUGAAUCCAAGACCCUGGCAUACUCACUGCUGAACAACAUGCCUGAAGUGAUUGUGUCUGGCCCUCAACAGCAGAAAUACCUGAAAGUUGCCGACGAAGCACCGUCGAGCUCAGCAGCAGGAACUAUGGUGCCAAAAAAAGUUAGACAAAAACGUGAAACAAAAGACAUCCUGGAACCCUCAGAGUUCGAGUCCAAAGAUAAGACGGGCAAGGCUGCCCGGUCUGCACCCAAGACGCCCGGAGCAUUGGAGGGAGAUGUCAUGAUGGCAGAUGUGGAAACGAAGGAUCACUGGAGAAUCAGUGACACUUGUGCGAUCCGAGUUAAUGUUGAGCCAAGAUUCAAGGCUUACAACCCCCUCCAUGAGGGAGGGGUGCCAGACGGAUACCUUGCUGGUUUCGCGUGCAAGGUGCGGAAGAUCUUCACAGAUGGUUCUGUUAAGGACUGCGAGACUGUUCUAGGUAAUGGUAGUCCAGUUGAGUCUCAGGCGUGGACCGGUUUCACCUUUUUCAGGAGGGCACAAGACCCUUUCCGCGCCAUGGCUUUGCUCGAAGGUGACGCUGGAGAGGACUUCGCUAAGUUUUCGGCAUUUGCUGCUCAACGUGUGGGUCCCGAUGCCGCUGCUGCAACACAGGAAGGAAAGGUCGCGAAGACCUUGAACAUCAACGAUGUCGAUGAGGAAACCCGUAAGGGUAUGCUGGAAGCAAGGCAGAAGGAAUGGGACAAGCACGACUUGUCAAUUGUGGUCGAGAGCGUCAACAAGGCGGAGAUCCGCUGCGACAGCCUAACGUCAGAACCGGAGUCGCAUCUAGUGCUGUGUAGCUAUGCUGCUACGCGUAAGCUUCGGCUCCGAACAGCGGACAUCACGAACGCCUACUUUCAGGCGGCUCCGAUGACGAGGUUGCUACUUAUGGCCCCGCCCCGCGGAGGACUGACAAUGUUCGAUGCUGAGAUUCCACAGAGGUUUUUAUCUGCGGAUGAACGCCGAGAUCCUGGCACAAGGAUUUGUGGCUUCUCAUGGCAGAUUUGCCCUGCGACAUACUACUUUUUCGGCAAGGACUUGCAUCUUGCCGCAAUGAUGUGCGCGCAUGUGGAUGAUCUGCUCUUCGCCUACAGAGACGAAGGCAAGGAAGCCGUUGAUGCAAUCCUCAACCGCUUUUCGGUUGGGAAGAUCGAAGAAGGUUCGUUCCGCUACUGCGGACGCCGUUUUUCUCAGGAUGAUGAUUACACGAUCCAUGUGGACGAGGAAUUGACUUCUCUCCGGGGUGUGGUAGGAGGACUGGCCUGGAUCAGUCGCUAUGGUUGGGCAGAUCUUGCAUAUCGAGUGAAUGAUCUUCAGCGGAUCCGAAGUGACUUCAAGAUCUCUUUCAAGACUGAUUGGAUUGAUUGGAACGAUCUUGCGGUCGUUACCUUUUCCGAUGCCAGCUUUGCAAGCGAAGCUGAGUACAAGAGCCAGCAGGGACGUAUCCACUACAUCACGUCCCGCAGUGAUGUGAAGUCGGGCGCAGAGGCAUAUGCUCUGCAGGGAUCGAUCAAGUCUGGAUACAAACUUCGAGCUUUGCUUUGUGAACUGACUGGCCAUUUGAAAACAGUCAAGGAAGGGUAUGAACAGAGUCAGCGUGCGAUGUUGCAUUUGUAUUUCACAGAUUGCCGCUCCCUGAGCGAUCACUUGUCAUGUGAAGUCGCACGUAAGGUGCAGGACAAGCGCUUGGGUAUUGAGCUUUCCGCACUGCGACAGGCUCUGUGGAUCAAUGCUGAGAAGACAUCCGCGAAGUACCACCCAGCAGGAGAUGAGAUCGAAUGGAUUGACACCGGCCGACAGUUGGCAGACUGCCUGACCAAGAGCAUGAAACCUGACUUUCUUGUCAGGGUGCUUGCUGCUGGGUACAUCAACCUGAAGAAGCC